AAAAAUUGUAAAAACAAUUUAAAAUAAAUUUCAAUAAUGUCGAAUCAGAAACGUCGUGAGAAAUGCAAUAAGGAUACACGAUGGGAUCGCAUAAGGAAACGUUAUUUGAAUGUCAAUCCUUUGGCUCUUAAAACGGAUGCAGUGCGUCGUUUUAUUGAAUUGGACUGUGUGGGAAAACAUGAGGAACGUCGCCUUAUUGAAGGUGAUAGGCCCAAGCAUCUAAAUCCUAGUGUUAUAAUGGAUAUGCGGCAUAGGAUGUUUCAGCAAAUACCCCAUAAGUUGCCAUUGGCCACAAUGGCACAUGGCAAUAGUCUGGAAACGACAAAGGCUCAUAAUUUGGAGGUGGAGAAGCGUUAUAUUGACAAUCAAUUGGAAAAAUUUCGCCAACAAUUGGCACGACAGCAUCCCAAGGAUAAAAAAGGGAUACGAGUGCGUCCAACUAAACCAGAUUUCAAUUUGAAUAAUGCUCCUCUAGUCCAGAGUUUAGCUUCAGCGGCUCAGCACAUUGAUGAUUUCUAUAGCACUCCAGUUGUGGCUUUGGGUCAAGUGUCCAAAAUAUGUUCCACAUCCAAGCAGGUGGCUACAACGAGUCUGCUGAGGCAUUUGGAACAGGCUGAACAGGAGGCAGAUAUGGAACAUGGUUGGAUCAUUCAUGAGGAGGAGCAUGUGGCUCAAGUAAAGGAAAUUGCUGAUGAAUUCAGGGAUGAGGAAAUUAAAUCGUUAGCUUUGGAUUUGGAUUUGUUGGAGUAUCGUAAGUUUACCAAGCAGUUGCAAGUGGAUGAGAAUAAGGCGAAACUGGAGCUAUGUCGCACACCAAGCCCAUUGACCCCCACCGAGGAGUUCUUUAGACCUAUGCGAGCUGCUGCCGAGCGUCAAAUGCUUCACAUGCGCACCAUACGCCACGAGGAGGAGUUGCAGGAGCAACAGCAACUGCAAAGGGACUCAUCUACACCUCAAUUGCAGAGAGAGUCCUCCACAUGCUCCAAUACCAGCGAUGGCAUAGAUUCGGUUAUAUCGGAUCUAGCCGAGGAGGCUUUGUACGAACUCCAAAUGGAGGCGGCUGAAGAGCAAAAAGAACAAGUGGACAAGGACAAGGAUAUAGUCAGUGGCAGUUGCCCUAAACAUGUCCAGUUUCAGUUGCCAGCAAAGAAAACACCCACGUCCAACAUACCCAUAGCCAUAAACAAACUGGAGGAGAAAUCCCAUGUAGAAAACGAUCUGGAACCAUUGCUUAUACGCCGCAUAGAUGUACCCAAAGUGGUGGUAAGGCCAAAAGAACCAGAAUUAGCUCCAACUUUCAGUGAUGAUGAUGAUGAUGAAGCAGAGGAUAUGCUGGAGCCCGCCCAUGAGAAGCAUCGCAUUAUUGAUCAACUUUUUCAGGCCAGAGCCAAUACUGAAUUGGUUUUGUUGCGGAAAUAUUUCCUUAGAUGGAUACACUAUACAACGCUAGAGAAGAUUGAGCGUGAUCAGCAAGGAUGUCGAUAUGGUACGACAGCCGCCAAUCGUGUGCAGAAAAUUAAUGCCUUCCUGGACAAAGUUAGGCAGGAGAAACAACGACAAAGGACCAUAAAGCAAACGAAGAUCACUGCAAGUGAUGUGGAAAAGGGGACACAAAAGUCAUUGGAACAGCGAGAAGAGUCCAUCAAAUUGGCUAAGCAGUUCAAAAAUAAGCUAAAAGUCCAACAGGAUAUUAUAGAUUUGCAGCGCAUAAAAUUGGAACGUCAGGAACGUUUGAUUAUGCAACUGAAGCUCAGUAAGCUCAGCGAUGAGGCCAAGGAGGCACGUGAAGAUCUUAAACAGGAGCUAAAAACCGUCAUCCGUUGCGGUGAUCCCAAGGCAAAGGCCAAAGCCAAGUGUCUUCAACUUAUUGGCAGUUUGCGAGAUGCCGAAGAUGAGGAAGUGGCCAGAUUGCAGGGAAAAGCCUUGCUCCAGCCACGUUUCCUGCAGCACAUGCAAGAGCGAGCCAUGGAGCGAAGUGUGCGUCAUGAACAGGCACGCCAGCGGCGAGCUCAGGCUGAGGCGGAACGGGAAGCAGCCAAAAUGGCCCUUGAGGAAGCCAAACGGCAGGAGGAUGAAGAGGCUAAACGUCUGCGUAUAGAGGUCCUUAAAGAAAAACGGCGCCAAGAGAAAAUGGCUAAGAUCCUCAAAGAACGUGAACGUCAACGUUUCUUGGAAAACCAAAAGAAGGCUGUAGAAUUCGGUCGUCGCCUGAUCCUCAGUCGCAUUGGCAUGGAGGGAUUCAAGCGUCUCUUACAACGAAAGCGCGAAAAUCUAGUGAAAUGUGAAGAGUUCCGACGACGUUUAUACAAGAAGAAUGCCUUUCUUGCCUGGCGUGGCUAUGCCGCCUUCAGGCAACGCCAGAAAAUUGUUCGCGCCGACCAAUGCCAUAAUCGUGCCCUCAAAAGGCGUGUCCUAUACGCAUGGAUCACCUAUGUGCAGGAUGAGAGAAGCAAAAUGUUAGUGGCCAUCGAUUGGCAUGCUCUUCAUGCCAUGGAACAUUGGUUUGAUCGUUGGCAGAAAUAUACAACUCACAAUAGAUUAUUGGAAGAUACCAAAACAAAGCAGGCCAUAUCACAUCAUGAAUGGCAUUUGAAAUGGAAAGUUCUGGAUUGUUGGCGACGUUUGCCGCAAAUCUUAAAAAUUGAAAAGGAAACCGAAGAACGACGUCAACGUUGGCGUAUGAAAAUUUGGGAACUUUUACCCGAUUACAAGCCUCGGGAAGAUAGUCUCUGGUAGUUUUAAUUCACAACUUUUAUCAUUUAUGCUUUUUAAGUU